AUGGCCUCCAAGGGCGAGUCUGUAUACUAUGCUCCGAUCCCAUCCGACCCGACCCACACCCAAUCCCAGCAAACCGUCGUCGUUUUAGCUCCUUACCGUCCCAAUCCUAACUACCAGAGACGACGUCGUCUCCGCCUCUGCCUCUCAAUCACCGCCUCCCUCCUUCUCCUCUCCACCGCCAUCUUCUUCCUCUUCCCCUCCGACCCCACCCUGCAACUCGUGCGGCUCAAACUCAACCACGUCCGAGUCAACUCGUCCCCCAGACCCACUCUCGACCUCUCCUUCUCUCUAACCAUCAGAGUGCGAAAUCGCGACUUUUUUUCUCUGAACUAUGACUCGCUCCGCGUCACGGUAGGUUACCGUGCGAGAGAGCUAGGGUUUGUGAGCUCCGAUGGAGGACGUGUGAGGGCCAGAGGGUCGUCGUACGUGAACGCCACGCUCGUGCUGGACGGGCUUGAAGUCAUCCACGACGUGUUUUACUUGCUUGAAGAUUUGGCUAGGGGUCUAAUACCCUUUGAUACUGAUACGGAGGUGGAAGGGACUUUGGGGCUCUUUUUCUUCAAAAUUCCUAUCAAGGUAAACUUGCUCUUGAUUCAAUGUAGAAGCUUUUAG